GAAGGAGGACUCUAUGUGUGCAUGAACACGUUUCUGGGAUUUGGAAGGGAACACAUUGAAAGGCAUUACCGGAAAACAGGACAGUGUGUAUAUUUGCAUCUGAAACGACAUGUGAUAGAGAAGGUACCAGGGGCAUCUGGUGGAGCUUCACCAAAAAGGAGGAAUGCUAAGCUAUUUUUAGAUCUAGAGACAAACAGUGAUCUCAACAGUGAUGACUCUGAAUAUGAAGAUGAAGCAAAACUCAUUAUAUUUCCUGAUCACUAUGAAAUCUCAUUACCCAAUAUAGAAGAGUUACCAGCACUGGUGACAAUAGCUUGUGAUGCACUCCUCAGUGCAAAAUCACCCUACAGGAAGCAGGACCCUGACUCCUGGGAAGAAGAGCUACAGGCAUCUAAACAUGCCAAAACACUUGUACAGUUAGACAAUGGUGUUAGAAUUCCCCCCAGUGGUUGGAAGUGCUCAAAAUGUGACCUGCGGGAGAAUCUGUGGCUAAACCUGACAGAUGGUUCUGUGCUGUGUGGAAAGUGGUUCUUUGAUGGCAGUGGGGGGAACGGGCAUGCAGUGGAGCACUACAAGGAGACGGGUUAUCCCCUGGCGGUGAAGUUGGGAACCAUCACUCCUGAUGGAGCAGAUGUCUAUUCCUUUGAUGAAGAGGAGCCGGUUUUAGAUCCACAUAUAGCAAAACAUUUGGCACACUUCGGAAUUGAUAUGCUGCAGAUGCAAGUGACAGAGAAUGGGCUAAGAGAUAAUGAUAUAAAACCAAGAGUCUCUGAAUGGGAAGUGAUUCAGGAAGCUGGUGUGAAACUCAAGCCCAUGUAUGGCCCAGGAUACACCGGCAUGAAGAACCUGGGAAAUAGCUGUUACCUCAGUGCUGUCAUGCAAGCCAUUUUCAGCAUCCCAGAGUUCCAGCGAGCGUAUGUGGGAAACCUUCCACGAAUAUUUGACUACUCUCCUCUUGAUCCAACACAAGAUUUCAACACUCAGAUGGCUAAACUGGGACACGGCCUCCUUUCAGGCCAAUACUCUAAGCCACCCAUGAAAUCUGAGCUUAUUGAGCAGGUGAUGAAAGAAGAACACAAGCCUCAACACAAUGGAAUAUCUCCCCGAAUGUUUAAAGCAUUUAUAAGUAAAGGCCACCCAGAAUUUUCCUCUAAUAGACAACAAGACGCACAAGAAUUUUUCCUACAUCUUAUAAAUCUAGUAGAGAGGAACCCUGUAGGUUCAGAAAACCCUAGUGAUGUUUUCCGGUUCCUGGUGGAAGAACGCACACAAUGCUGCCAGUCCAGAAAGGUCCGCUACACAGAGAGGGUGGACUAUAUCAUGCAGUUACCUGUUGCCAUGGAGGCAGCAACGAACAAAGAUGAAUUAAUUGCCUAUGAAUUGAAGAGGCGAGAAGCAGAAGCUGCAAGGAGAGCUCCACCAGAGCUUGUCCGUGCCAAGAUCCCAUUUAGUGCGUGUCUGCAGGCCUUUUCUGAACCAAAUAAUGUAGAGGAUUUCUGGAGCAGUGCCCUUCAAGCAAAAUCUGCAGGAGUUAAGACUUCUCGUUUUGCCUCGUUUCCUGAGUACUUAGUGGUGCAGAUAAAGAAAUUCACCUUUGGCCUUGAUUGGGUACCCAAAAAGCUUGAUGUUUCUAUAGACAUGCCAGAUUUCCUAGAUAUCAGCCACCUUCGGGCCAGGGGUCUCCAGCCAGGAGAAGAGGAACUUCCAGACAUUGCUCCUCCCAUUAUCAUUCCUGAUGACCCAAAAGAUCGUAUGACGAACCAUUUUGUGGAGUCUCUAGAUAUUGAUGAGUCUUCAGUUAUGCAACUGGCAGAGAUGGGUUUUCCUUUGGAAGCAUGUCGGAAAGCUGUGUACUAUACAGGCAACCUGGGUGCUGAAGUCGCUUUCAACUGGAUCAUCGCACACAUGGAAGAACCAGACUUUGCUGAGCCAUUGGUCACACCUGCAUUUGGAGAAGUUGCUUCCAGUGGAGCAGCUGCAUUUGGAAUUGUUGGGCUAGAUAACCAACCUCCCGAAGAGAUGGUUGCAAUUAUCAUUUCCAUGGGCUUCCAAAGGAAUCUAUCAAUUCAAGCGCUGAAGGCAACGAACAAUAAUUUGGAGCGUGCACUGGAAUGGAUCUUCAGCCACCCUGAACUCGAGGAAGAAAGUGAGCCUGCUUUGGACAUGAUGAAUAUGGAGAACAAUGCUAAUGCCAAUAUCCUUGCAGAGACAGGGUCGGAGGGACCCAGGAUCAAAGAUGGGUCUGGAAGAUACGAGCUGUUUGGGUUCAUCAGCCACAUGGGAACAUCCACAAUGAGUGGCCACUAUGUUUGUCAUAUCAAAAAAGAAGGAAGAUGGGUGAUCUACAAUGACCUUAGAGUCUGUGCCUCAGAACGACCUCCCAAAGACCUGGGCUACGUUUAUUUUUACCACAGGAUACCAAGUUAGGCCUCAAAUCUAUUACCUGGCCUUAACAAGCCAUAAGCCUUUUUAACCUGCCAAAAAAGCAUACAAUAAAAAAGAAAAUUUAAAACCAACAAAAGACCCCUAACUCUUGGACUGCCAAAAAGCAAAGGAAAGCAUGGGAUAUUUAUAGUUUAUUUAAAAACAGUCAUUUGAUGCCGCCUUAAGCAUUAGAGAGAAAAUUCUAUUAGGUGAUUUAUAGUACGUUGUUUUAAAUUUAUACACCUUAAAGGAUACCUUAAGACCAUGCAGAUUACUGGUGGAGUUUGCAGCUAGUAUAUGGAGAAAACAGAAGUUUCAGAGUUGAACAAGAAUAGCCCAGUUCAGCCCAGCUCCUUCCUGUUCUGUCCAUGCAUCCUUUGAAGACCAGGAAGAAAUACUUGCCUCUUUGGUAACUGAGAGUCAGUGUUUUCAGCCAGAGUCCAGACCACUUAGAGAAAUCAUAUCGCAUAUAAAGUUGGAGGUCGGGUGUGUGUGAGUGUUCUUCAAAGCAGAAUGUCUUAUUUGAGAGAUUAUUUUCAGUACAGUGAGAAAAGUCAACUAAAGUUAUAUCUGCUGGAAUUCAGUUUUAUAGUAUUUUGGUUCGCCUUUCUGAUGCAUAAACCUAAGAAACUAAUGGAGAUGGAAGCAAUCUGCUGUCAGUGCCCUGUACGUUUUCUGCCAAAGAGAAAUAGUAGAUUUUAUUUUUGCAGACAUAGGUUUCUUCAUCUUGAAUGUUUGUUUUGCAAGUUCUUCCAACAGAUUCAGGAUUACAGAUGGCUAAAAGAAGCAGACUAUAAAAUUAAAUGCAUACCCUCAGGAAAGGCAAGGCUAUUAUUUACAUUUUAUUUUCUUAUGAAGGAGGUAAAGGAGAGGUUAAUGUCCCAUUAUAUUUAUUUCGGGGAAAUUUGCAUCUAGACCACUCACAUUCCAGCUGAAACCAACUCCCUGACAAAGAACUCGCAGUGCAAUUCUGCUUUCUGCCAAAGAUUGCUUAAACAUUUAGUUCCAUCCAUGAGUGGGGGAAAUUGCUUAGUAAAAUUGCUGAUUUAUUGAUUUGCCCCUCUCUCCCCCCCCCCCGUUUUAAAAAAAAAAAAAAAAAUCCAGCAACAACAAAACCCAAACAACAAAAAAAACCCCACCUUGAAAUGAUGUUUCAGCUUUCUUAAAAAUUGCAAACACACCAAUAAUGUGAUCUCUUCAACAGACACCUUCUAAAAGAAGUUUUAUAUCUCUGGCAGGGAUGAAGGGGUAUGUAGGUAGGGGCUGGCCUUUCCUGUCUUUUUUUUUUUUUGGGGUGUUAUUUCAGUUUGUGUUACAGGCAAGAAUAUAUAUGUGGGUUUUUAAAUUGUAUUUGAAAACACUAAUUCUAGAAAAAAUACAAUGGUGAGUGUGAAACCUUUCAUGAUUCCAAAAAACCCCAAAAGGUUCUCAGUGUUGGCCACUGCUUAAGAGACUGUUGCUGAAGUUGCCUCAUACAAUCUUACUGAGCCCUCAAAAUAAAUUGGAACAGUCAAAAAAAAAAAAAAAAAUCCUCCUUACAGAGUGCAAGAGGGGCAGGGAGGUAUAAUUACAUUUUCUCUGCAGUCAAUGCCUGCAAAUUUAAUAGCAAAAUUCAGGCAGCUACACACUACAGAAGAGAACCCAAAUUAAAGAUCUGGUUAUGAGUAGGGCAUUUUAUUUUUUCCAGCGUUUGGGGAAAAAUAGUUCUCCUUCUGGUCAUAUAGCCUCAUGCAGAGCCAAAAAACACUGUUGAUUUUUUUUAAAAUCAGUUUUCAAUCUUAAAAGAUUAUGAGAGAAAUUCUAGUGCAAUAAUUCUGUAGACUGUAAAUGGUGCCUAAUUGCUGGGAAAGCUUCCUGCAUUUAGUGCUCUUACUGACACAAAAGAACGGCGUCCUAGUACAUUACUGAGUGGCUCCUGUGAGAUUCAGCUGCCUUGUAAUUAUUGAGCCACCAGUUCUGGACAAAAUAAAAGCUGCCAGUAAUUUUUUUUCCUUCUUCUGGGUUUUGAGUAUUUGUGUAUUUCACCAGAAAAUGCCAGAUUUGAAAAUGGGAUCAGCAAAUUAUGCAGUGAUGCAUCUUCUAUUUAAAGUGAAAGAACAAAACUUCCGUAUAUCUAUGUUUGUGCUUUUUCAUUCUGGCAGUAGAAAAAGGACAAAAGGCCUCUCUUUUCUUUUUUUUUUUUUUUUUCCUCUUUAAUUUUUUUGAAUGUCAGUUAUAUUCCAAGGAAUUUCAACACAACGGCUUCCUUCUUGCCUCAUGAACUUAAAGGGCUGUUUAUAAACUAAGAUGAUCUGGUGGCCACUACCUUUUUAUUUAGAAACCUCAGGUAAAUAAAUGCCAGCAGAGUUGUUCCCAUGUUCAUAAUUAAACUGGAAACAUGGCUGGUCUCAUAGGAUUAAGGAUGGAACUUGGACUCUUGCAAACCAUUUGUCUGGUACAUCCUAAAACUGGAAUGGCUGUGGGACUGAUUGAUCUCAGUUGAUAGAAAGCUGGCAGGUGAUAAACUGGAAAUGGUAAAUGAAAGGGGAGAGCCAUUUGCUGGCUGUGAUAGGUGAACUGUAGCAGCUCGGCUUCUGAAAUUCUGUUCAGUUCAUCGCUCUUUUGUGUACUGCCUGCUUAAACUGCCAAGUGGGUCAGAAGUGCAGGGAGCAGUUUAGGGGAAAGGCUUAUGGAUCUUCUAAAAUUUAGCACUUGAAAAUAUGUUAAAGUUCUUCAGCUGUUUGAGGAAUUACUAUCUCCCGAAGUAGUGGCUUCCCUCCUUUUUCAAAUGGCCAGUUAAGUCAUCUCACUUUUGCGAUGGGAUAUGUGGGAAGAACAUCAUGAACCUGGAGGAGCAGGAUGUAAACUCCUGACUCUUCAGCCUAAUGCGGGGGAGAGGAGUUUGGGGGUUUUCUUUGUUUGUUUGUUUUAAACUUCAGCAUGCAGAAGCCACAGUCAAACAGACUGUACUGAAUAGAUGACUAAGUUAUCAAGCUUUGCCUGCUAAAAUUUGUAUGCACUUAGUUGUGCUGGGCCAGGCCUCAGUACACAACCUGGGCAGUGGCUGAUGGGGAAACUCCAUGUGUCUGGGUACUGUAAUACCUGUUGGGGGGUUAGGUGUGCUGAGAGCUUCUUGACAAAAAAGGAUGGAGGAAGAAAAAUCACUGUGAGCUGUUUGAGACAAUCUAACCUGAGAAUUAUGGCAAGCCAGGACUUGGCCGCAAACAAUGCUCUUACUUCUCAGACUGAUUUUUACUUUUUCAUGAUACAUUCAGGUUAGGAGAGUGGAAGGAAGAAAAACUCAAUAACUUUUCCUUGUUUUCCUUUUCCCCUCUCAUUCCUAGCAGCAUGCUGGAUCCAGUAGACCCCUCAUUCUGAGUCACAAUCUCCAGUCUCCAAAACACAUGUAGACACAAACUCCUAUUUAAUCUUCCUAGCUAAAAUAUAAUUAGGAUAAAAAUUUAAUUUAUUCAAAGCUAUGGUUUAAAAACAAGCCUAGAUGUUUCUGGACUACUAUCACUUGUAAUUCUACUGGGUUCAGUGGCAUUACUUCUCACUUACUUUGGUGUAACUGAAAUUGGAAUCAAUCCAUUUUCUUUGAUUCAGGAAGCCUCCACUGGGUCGUAGCGCACAUUCUGAAAACAGAUGCAACCAGAGCUUGUUACAUUGGAUGAUGCUUCUGAAACAAUUCAUUCUUUUUGUUCUCCAUCCUGGCAGCAGCCAUUCUUAUCUUCUUUGCUGUUUUCAUGCAUUGAAAGACUAUGCAAAACAUGUAACUGGACAUAACUUUUUAUUCUUUUCCCAUCACCCUUCCUACCUUAAUGGCUGAGAUCGGUUUCUGAUUUCCAUUCACUCUUCAGUGGUUUUACUGUUGUAUCCUGGAAGUGUCUGUACUGGUUUACUUUGCACCAUUCAGAGUUUGCUUGAAGCACUGUUAACAUUUUGGAGAGUAAUUGUCUGAGAUGAGAAAGGUUGUGAAUGACAUUGUUGCAACUGUUUUAAAUUAAAAAGAAAUAUUCUCACA